CACACCCCACUCUUCCACACAACCCUUUCUCUCAACAUACCUCACUCCUACACAGCCAUACAUAUAUCUCCUACACUUUAUCCCAUCAAUAACAAUCUAUGCUUUCACUACAAAAUUAUCUUAGCUUACAAACUUUCUAACCACUCCCUCCCAAACAAUUACCCAACAGCGAACAAUAUCUAUCAAACCCCAAAAAGCCCCUACCAAAUAAAGCAAAUUCUAACAUCUCUUCUAUUAUCUGGAGAUGUUCACCCUAACCCAGGCCCAAACACCUCCUCCUCUACCUCUAAAUCUAUUACAUUUGCAUCCCUUAAUGCACAAAGUAUAGCUAACAAAAUUCAUAACCUUCACGCCUGGCUGCACCAUAAUAAUCCUGAUAUCUUAAGCAUAUCCGAAACCUGGCUAAAACCUUAUAUCAAAGACAAGGAGAUAGUCCCACCUAACUACUGUAUUAUCAGGGUGGACAGAACCAGCAAAAAAGGUGGUGGAGUAGCCCUACUCUACUCCUCUUCUCUAUGCAUUACUCCCUACAAUAAAGCUGUUCCCCAAUUUAACAAUGCAGAAUUAAUAAUUGCUCAGCUUCAGUUAAACAAGCGCAAAAAUAUAUGUAUUGCCUCUCUCUACAUUCCCCCUGGAGACAAUAUCUCUACUCUUGAAGAUAUCCUCUCCUGGUUCUCAACCAAUAUAGCUAACAAAACCAUCAUAAUGGGAGAGACCAACAUCAAUUGGUCCUUCACUCAAUCCCAUACCCCCUCCAUUAACAUCAACCUAUAUAACUUUUCCCAACUCAUCAACUCCACCACUAGACCCUCUAAAGACUUCACCACUGGCAGUAUUAUUGACUGGAUCUUAGUCUCUCACCCCCACUGCUACCCUGAUAGUGGAACUCUCCCUGACUCAUUAAGCAACCACCUUCCCAUCUUUGCUACACGCCUCCCUUCUCCAGUUCAAACUACCCAUAAUUACAUUUCUUUCAGACACCUAAAACACUUCAACCCAGAAGCCUUCUCCAACUCCUUAAAAUCACUCAACUGGUGCCCCCUAAAAACUCUCCCCCUCGAAAGUGCAAUCACUCACUUUAAUACCUUCCAAAGCCUUUUAGAUAUUCAUGCUCCAUUAAAAACCAAAAGAAUAAAAAAGAAAACUACCCCUUGGCUAACUAAAAGCACAUUGAAAACCAUGCGAUUAAGAGAUAUAGCCUGGUCACACUAUCAGAAGCACAAAUCUCCCACUAUCCUUAAUGAAUACAAAACUCUUCGCAAUACAGUAAAAAAGCUUAUUUCGACAGACCGUCAAAACUAUUACUCUUCCCUCCAAAGUAAAUACAAAUCUGACCCACAAAAAUUCUGGAAAGGUAUAACAUCCCUCCUAAAACCCGGCACAACUGAAAACCCAAACCCCAACCCAGAUGUGCAAGACAUUGAACUCGCCAACAAAUUCAACUCCUUUUUCAUUGACUGUAUCUCAAAACUUACCUCUUCCUUCUCAAGCAACCACCCACCCCCUACUACCACCUGCCCUCUUCCUACACCCCCCCUCUUCUCCACUCAAUCACCCUACUACCUCACAAACCCCUAUAUUCUCACUGAAACCAAUCCCUACCUUCACUGUAAAAAAAAAAAAAAAAAAAAAAAAAAACUACUAAAGAAGCUAAAACCAUGCACUAAUGCCCCCGAUAACAUCCCCUCACACUUCCUUAGCAUAUCUGCAGAUGCCAUCGCCCUCCCAAUUAGUAUCCUAAUAAACCGCUCCAUCCAAGAAGGUCUUGUUCCACAAGUCUGGAAAAAAGCUUUGAUCAUUCCCCUUCAUAAAGGAGGGAAUAAUUCUAGCAUUACCAACUUCCGGCCCAUCGCCAUCCUCUCUCCCAUAUCAAAAAUUCUAGAAAAAUGUAUCCAUUUACAACUCCUUCCCUAUUUAUUAGACGGUAAUCUACGAAGUCCUACCCAACAUGGCUUCCGCCCUAAUCAUAGUACUAUGACAGCCCUCCUUUCAUUCCUUGAAACUGUGAAUAAAGCUAAAGACUUGGGGUAUCACUGUAUCUACCAUCCUUCUUGUUCUCUCCAAAGCAUUCGACACCAUCUCCCAUAACCUACUGCUCACUAAAUUGUCAAAGCUAAACCUAUCACCUGCAACUCUUAACUGGUUCACCAGCUAUCUCUCAAACAUUCAACAAGCUGUCAAAUGGAAAAAAGCCAUCUCCUCUUUCCUACACACCCCCACAGGGGUCCCACAAGGCUCCAUAUUAGGCCCCCUCCUGUUCAACAUCUUCAUAAAUGAUUACUAUCACUCUUAUCCCCCAUGCUAGUAUCAUCCAAUACACUGAUUCUACAAUCAUCUGUGCAGCCUCUUCCAUUCCAACCCUUCUACAGUUCACCCAAGAAGCAUUCUCCACCACAGAACUGUGGAUGAAAGAUAACCAUCUUGCACUUAAUGCAGCCAAAUCAAAAUUAAUGAUAUUUACCCCCUCUAAAACACAUUUGAUA